AUGCAGUCUCAUCGCUCGGGCUGGAUCAUGACUUCCACUCGACCCGACAUGCUGACGACGAAUACUAAUGGGCAUGUCUGCAAUAUCGCUUAUCCAUUGGCCUGUUUGUGCGUUAGUGGGUCAGGGGACCAUUUCGGGACACUCGAUUGGUGCUGGCCCAUUCCACGAGCCCGCAGAUACUAUUUUGCAGUCCGUCGCUAUGCGACCGACCAACUUAGCCAGAAGGUCGUGGCGUUCAGCCAAUCGAGGCCCAGUUUCGUCGAGAACAUGAUCUUCAGAAGGCCCUAA